CCCGCCCCGCAGCCGCCGAGCCGGAGCCGCCGCGGCCGGACCCGAUGCCGGGAGCUGGGCGCUGAGGGCGGCCCCGACAUGGGGGUUCUCAGCAUCACGGACCAGCCUCCUCUGGUCCAAGCCAUCUUCAACCGGGAUGUGGAGGAGGUUCGGUCGCUGCUGAAUCAGAAGGAGAACAUCAAUGUACUGGACCAAGAACGCCGAACACCGCUCCAUGCUGCUGCCUACAUAGGAGAUGUUGCAAUCCUCGAGCUCCUAAUCCUGUCAGGUGCUAAUGUGAACGCAAAGGACACGGUUUGGCUCACCCCGUUACACCGCGCUGCGGCCUCUCGGCACGAGAAGGCACUUCACCUCCUCCUGAAGCACUCUGCGGACGUCAAUGCCCGCGACAAGCACUGGCAGACGCCGCUGCACGUGGCCGCGGCCAACCGGGCCACCAAGUGCGUGGAGGCCCUGGUGCCCCUGCUCAGCACCGUCAACGUGGCCGACCGCACGGGCCGCACGGCGCUGCACCACGCCGUGCACAGCGGCCACCUCGAGAUGGUGAACCUGCUGCUGAACAAAGGGGCCAGCCCGAGCACUUGUGACAAGAAGGACCGGCAGCCCAUCCACUGGGCAGCUUUCCUGGGGCAUUUGGAAGUUCUGAAGCUGCUGGUGGCCCGGGGAGCUGACGUGAUGUGUAAGGACAAGAAGGGCUACACCCUCCUGCACACGGCGGCGGCCAGCGGCCAGAUCGAGGUCGUGCGUCACCUCCUGAGGCUGGGGGUCGAGAUCGACGAACCAAAUUCCUUCGGUAACACUGCACUUCACAUCGCCUGUUACAUGGGCCAGGACGCCGUGGCCAACGAGCUGGUCAACGUCGGUGCCAACGUCAAUCAGCCCAACGAGAAGGGCUUCACCCCCCUGCACUUCGCUGCCGUCUCCACCAACGGGGCCCUGUGCCUGGAGAUCCUCGUCAACAACGGGGCCGACGUCAACUUUCAGAGCAAGGAAGGGAAGAGCCCAUUGCACAUGGCUGCGAUCCACGGACGGUUCACGCGGUCGCAGAUCCUCAUCCAGAACGGCAGUGAGAUCGACUGUGCUGACAAAUACGGCAAUACCCCCCUCCACGUUGCUGCUAGAUACGGCCACGAGCUGCUAAUUAGUACUUUGAUGACGAAUGGUGCUGACACUGCAAGGCGUGGGAUCCACGACAUGUUCCCUCUGCACUUAGCUGUUCUCUUCGGAUUUUCAGACUGUUGUCGUAAGCUACUUUCCUCAGGUCAGUUGUACAGUAUCGUGUCCUCGCUGAGCAACGAGCACGUGCUGUCUGCAGGCUUCGACAUCAACACGCCUGACAACCUCGGGAGGACUUGUCUCCACGCUGCUGCUUCCGGAGGGAAUGUUGAAUGUCUUAAUUUGCUGUUGAGCAGCGGUGCUGACUUGAGGAGGAGAGAUAAAUUCGGGAGGACUCCACUGCACUACGCAGCUGCCAAUGGCAGCUACCAGUGUACGGUGACACUGGUGACGGCGGGAGGCAGCAUCAACGAGGCCGACUGCAAAGGCUGCACCCCCUUACACUACGCUGCUGCCUCGGACACCUACAGGAGAGCAGAGACUCAUUCAGGAAACAGCCAUGACACUGACGAGGAGCCACUGAAGGAGUCCAGGCUGAAGGAGGCGUUCUUUUGUUUGGAGUUCCUGCUGGAUAACGGUGCCGACCCCUCCCUGCGGGACAAGCAGGGCUACACCGCCGUCCACUACGCGGCCGCCUACGGCAACAGGCAGAACCUCGAGCUGCUCCUGGAAAUGUCUUUUAACUGCCUGGAGGAUGUGGAAAGCACCAUUCCAGUCAGCCCUUUGCACUUAGCUGCCUAUAAUGGUCACUGUGAAGCCCUAAAGACACUUGCUGAGACCCUGGUGAACCUGGACGUGCGGGACCACAAGGGCCGGACAGCGCUGUACCUCGCCACCGAGCGGGGAUCCACCGAGUGCGUGGAGGUGCUCACCAGCCACGGCGCGUCCGCGCUGGUCAAGGAGAGGAAGAGGAAGUGGACCCCUCUCCACGCUGCAGCUGCCAACGGGAACACGGAUUCCCUGCACCUCCUGAUAGACAGCGGGGAGCGGGCGGACAUCACCGACGUCAUGGACAUCCACGGCCAAACCCCGCUGAUGCUGGCAAUCAUGAACGGCCACGUUGACUGUGUCCAUCUCCUGCUGGAGAAGGGAUCCACGGCUGACGCAGCGGACAAGAGGGGAAGGACUGCCCUGCACCGAGGGGCUGUGACAGGCUGUGAGGAUUGCCUGGCUGCUCUGCUGGACCACGAUGCCUUCGUCCUGUGUCGGGAUUUCAAGGGCCGGACCCCGAUCCACUUCGCCUCGGCGUGUGGGCACCUGGAAAUCCUGCGGACCCUGCUGCAGGCAGCCCUCUCCACUGACCCCCUGGACUCCGUGGUGGACUACAGCGGCUACUCACCGAUGCACUGGGCUUCUUACAGUGGGCAUGAAGAUUGUCUUGAAUUGUUACUUGAACACAACCCGUUUGCGUACCUAGAAGGAAACCCCUUUACUCCAUUGCACUGUGCAGUAAUUAACAACCAGGAUGGCACUGCUGAAAUGCUGGUGGAAGCAUUAGGUGCCAAGAUUGUUAAUAGCAGAGAUGCCAAAGGAAGGACACCCCUUCACGCUGCUGCCUUUGCAGACAACAUCCAUGGUUUACAGCUGCUCCUGCGGCACCAGGCCGAGGUGGACACGGCGGACAAGCUGGGCAGGACCCCCCUCAUGGUGGCUUCUGAGAACGGGCACACGGCAGCAGUGGAGUUCCUGCUGUACCAAGCAAAAGCAAAUAUAACUGUGCUGGAUGUCAACAAGAACACAGCUCUUCACCUGGCCUGCAGCAAGGGCCAUGAAAAGUGUGCCUUGUUGAUCCUGGGGGAAACCCAAGACCUUGGCCUUAUCAAUGCAAGUAACAGUGCUCUGCAGAUGCCGCUCCACAUCGCGGCGCGGAACGGACUGGCCUCCGUCGUGCAGGCCCUGCUCAGCCGCGGGGCCACCGUGCUGGCUGUGGAUGAAGAAGGUCAUACCCCAGCCUUGGCAUGCGCUCCCAACAAGGACGUUGCCGACUGCCUGGCACUUAUCCUCUCCACCAUGAAGCCUUUCCCACCUAAGGACGCCAUCAGCUCUUUCAGCUUCAACCUCCUCAAGAACUGCGGCAUCGCGGCCAAGACGGCGGCGUGCGGGGCCCUCCCCAACGGCAGCUCCUGCCCCUACACCAAGGACCGGCACAACGCCAUCGGCCUGGACGGCUGUUACUCGGAGUAGCUUAAACUAUGGGUGACCUAAUAUCUUAUUAUAUUUAUUUAGAAAUUCUAUAAAUAUAGGGCACUUUAAA